AUGUUCUUUCCUUCAUUGAUCCUGGCUGCUGGCAGCCUGCCGACUCUCAUUCAAGCCAUUCCCCAUGGCGCGAAGCCCCAUCACUCCUUGCACCGUCGCGCCGCUGCCACCUAUGCUAUCAUGGGUGGUACCGGCGACGCCUCUGACGGAUGGCCUUCCGUGAACCAAUGGUCGGAGUACGAGACUCUCUGGAAUCUCAACCAAAUUCUCAUUGCCGCAUCUUGCGACAACUCUGACGACGAAACAAACGACAUUAACACUUACAUCAAGUCGAUCGCCGGCGAAACUGGCGUCGACGCUCGAUUCAUCCUUGCAACUAUUAUGCAAGAAAGUAAGGGCUGCGUUCGUGUCCAGUCCACGAACAACGGUGUUCUGAACACUGGUCUCAUGCAGAGCCACGCUGGCGAGGGCUCCUGCAACAAGGACGGCAGCAAGACAACUCCAUGCCCCUCCUCCAUGAUCAAGCAAAUGAUCAAAGACGGCACCGCUGGAACCAACCAGGGCGACGGUCUCAAGCAGUGCUAUGAGGCCCAGACCGGCGCAGAAGCGGCCAAGUACUACAAGGCCGCCCGCACUUACAACUCUGGCUCCAUCGACUCGUCCGGCAACCUCGGCCAGGGCGGCGCAACCCACUGCUAUGCCUCCGACAUCGCCAACCGUGUCCGCGGCUGGGCCGGCGACGUGACCGAGUGUAUCGAAUCUACCGUUGGAACCAUUACUAGCGGCGUGGAGUCAGCCCUCGGUGGUGUCGACGACUCGAGCAGCUCUUCUUCCUCAACCGCUGCUGAGCAGCCCACGGAGACUGCUGAGUCUAUCCAGACCUCUUCCUCGACCGCUGUUGAGCAGCCCACCGAGACGGCGGAGCCUAUCCAAACCUCCGCUCCUGUCGAAGCCGCCCAGCCAGCCGAGACAUCGUCCGCCGCAUCCACCGAGACCGUCCCCGUGGCACCUGCGCCCACCUGGACCCCCAACGUGAACGUGCACGCGGCCGCGCAGACCCCCACCGCAACCCCAUCCUGGACAACCAAAUCCGCGCCAGCCGUGACAGCUGCACCAACAGCCCCCAGCUCAUCAUCUGGAACAGCCCCUCUCUACCCCUACGCCAACUCAUCAUGCCAGAAAUACUACACCGUCACGGACGGUGAUUUCUGCGAAAAGUUGACCGAAACUGACGGAAUCUCUUUCCCCGAUCUCCGCAGCUUGAACCGUGGCCUCGAUGAGAAAUGUUCGGAUCUGUGGCUCGGAUAUCAGUACUGUAUCAAGGCUUAA